AUGCCUUCGCCUGUAAACCUCACCCGGAAGGAUUGGGCACAGAAUGCCAUUGACAGCACUUUGGAUUCCACAUCCCAAGUGUACGUGAAGUCCGCAAGCCUCGCUUCACACAUGGAGCCAAACGCGGCACCGUCAGCCAUUCAGCCAAAGUGCACGUCAAAGCCCAGGCGCAACAGAGCAAAGCUCCAGAUCGCGUGCAAAUUCUUUGGCAAGGACAUUGGUUGUUUGUGGGGGAAUCGCUGUUAUUAUGUGCACAACUGGGGAGGCAUUGUGGAUAAGCCUUCUCGCUGCCUCGCAUGCUCGGGCAAAGGCCACAAGGCCAGAGAUUGCCCCACCAAGCCAAAGAAUGCAGGCAAAAUGCUUGGCAAGGUGCCCCCGUCAAAGCAAAGCCCCAAUGCACAACUCACUCACCCCGCGGGAGCAGUGGAGCUCUCGUCAUCAAUGUCUGUGAGCCCGGAGUCGGAGCCAACAUCCAGGUUGGAACGACGUGCGCAAUCCACUUCAGAUACAGUGGGUUGCAGCCCUGCCAACAGCGAUCCCACUUGGAUGGCGUUGGAGGAGAUGGUGUCGGAGGUCAAGAAAAUGGCUGAAUCCCAUUCCGUAGCCCAUGCAAAGACAAAGCGGUGUGUUGCGAAGGUUGCUGAGGACGAGUCCGAGCCAGGUGUUGCGAGUCAGCUUCAGGAGGAGAGCUUCAGUUGCAAACGCCUAGCCACGAAGAUUGAUGCAUCAACUGCAGUUCCAGCCCGCGCUCUCGUGGACACUCAGGAGGCUGUGUUUGAGGAGGAGGUUACAAGCAAAGUUGAGUUCGAAGUUGAAAGCAACUUGCAACUGCAGUGUGAGCGCAGCGCACCUGGAGCACAAGUUCCUGCCAGUGUUCGCGCCAUGUCUGUCGGCUGCAAUGAGCCAGCCGUCGCCGCAGCGAGUGUAGACGGGGAUGGUUUUGGGCAGCGUGAUUUAGUGACUAAGGUUCAUGCGCUUACACAGCUAGCAGUUGAAGCUGUCGAGCGUGUGAUGGAGCAACGCGCUCGUGAACUCGCAGCUAAUGCAGCCCUUUCCGAGUUGCUCCACCUUGUCGUUGUGCUAGCCGGGUGCGCAGUCAUCAGCCAGGGACUGUGCCAGCGUCAAGUACAAGAAGCCAAAGCACAAGCCAAGCCCGGUUAA